CCCUCCUCCAACUCCCUCUCUCCUCCCCCGGCAUCGCUGGAGCGACUCGGGCUGUCUGCCUGCUUGCCUGGCUCCCUCUCAAAUCAACAUGGAGUAGCAGCGAAAGAGAUGGGGCUCUGGCGGGGCCACCCCACGGCGACGACGACGCGAUUUUAACAUUAUAGUCACAGCUACCGUCGUGUGGAGGACAUUUUGGGGGGGACCGAGAGGGGCAAAAAAAAAAACGACAACGAGCCAGCACCUGAGGGCGAGUCCAUAUUGUCCUGCAAGGCGGGGGGAGCUCGCGUCGGACGAACACUACCUGCUGGCCCUCUGAAAAGUUGGAGCAUAUCGGGAGGAGAGGGGCUCGACAUUUGCAAUCGAAAAGCAGCUGGCUGGCGAGGUAGAAGAGGAGGGAGGUGAAGAGGGACGGCUCGCACUGCACACAAAAGACUUCCAGUCGGAUACUUUAGUGAUAAAUGUGGAUUUGUAGCGGGGAUCGACGCGAUGACGAGGCCGAAGAUGAACGCAUCCGCCGCGCUACGUGACCUGAGGUGAAGCGAGGAAACAUGAUAGAAGAAGAAACACACCCAAACGAUGACAGCUACAUCGUGCGUGUGAAAGCGGUGGUCAUGACGCGGGACGACUCCAGUGGAGGCUGGCUGGCCCAGGAUGGGGGCGCCCUCAGUAGGGUGGGGGUCUGCCGCCUGCGGCCGCCCGAGCUACCCCAGCUACCACCCUCUGGCAGUUGCCAGUUCCUCAUCCGGGGCGAGCGGAUACGGGACAAAUUGGUAAUAAUGGACUGUCCGUUAAGGAAGGACUUGGUGUACACCAUUGCCACGCCCACUUUUCACCACUGGAAAGUGGAGGACCGGAGGUGUGGUCUGUCCUUCCAGAGUCCCGCCGACGCCAGGGCUUUCGACAGGGGGGUGCGGAAAGCCAUCGAGGACUUGGCGGAAGGUUCUACAACCUCCUCUACAGCACUCCAGAACGAAGGCGAGCUGGGUGACGACGACGUCUUCACCAACGCCACCGACAGCUCGUCCAACUCCUCUUCCCAGAAGCUGGAGAGCUGCCUGCCGCCGCUCGAGUCCUCGCCUCUUCCGCAGAGGCACAGGUGCAUGCUGGGAUAUCGUCACAACCUCCAUGAAUCAUACCGGCUCUCGGACCACUACCUGCUGGACCAGCCUUUGUCCCGUCCCCAUGUCACCUUUCAGGAGGAUGAGGAAAUCGUGCGCAUCAACCCGCGCGAGCGCAGUUGGGAGCGGGCGAGCGACCGCGUCAGCGAGCGGCUCCUCGCGCGCCCGUCAGACCGCUCCUGGCUCACGGGCUACGAGGACUACCGCCACGCCACCAUGCGCGACAAAUUCAUCCAGAUGGAAGACACAGAAUCCUACGUCCACUUUGCCAAGACAGGGGAACAGAAGCACGACUACACGUACCCCUUGGCGCCCGCCCUGGUGCCCUCAGACUCGGACCCAGCUCUCGGACCCUUUGCCGUUAAGGGCCACCACGGUGGGUCCUACCGCCAGGGCUUUUCCGUGGUCUCCACACAGCCUCGCUCCUUCCUGCCAAGCUCGUCCUUGUCCACCAACGGGGUGAAGGGCCGCAAGGAGGACGGCCCGGAGCGGGCCCACUGCGAGCACUGCGGUGAGGCCUUCUUGGUGGCCGAGAAUAGGCGCGGCCGGUGCCAGGACGCUCCGGACCCUGUGCGGGGCUGCGUCCGGCGGGUCAGCUGCAUGUGGCUGGCGGACACCAUGCUCUACCACUGCAUGUCUGACCCGGAAGGAGACUACUCGGAUCCGUGUUCUUGCGACGGGGGUGAGGGCGGCCGGCUGGGCACGCGCUGGCUGGCCCUGCUGGGUUUGUCUCUGGUGGCGCCCUGCCUCUGCUUGUACCCGCCGCUGAAUGCAUGUCACCGGGCAGGCCUAGCAUGCGGUUGCUGUGGGGGCCGACAUAAGGCCCUCAGCUGAAAGGACGAAUGUAGUAAAACAGAAACCAACGCAAGCACAGGGAAGGACGGGGACGAACCGCUGAGGUUCUGCUUGAUCGCCUGACAAUUCCUGGAACUGAAAUAAGCCAAAAAGUCGAGAAAAACUGGUGCGUUUUCUAAGAGGCCUGGGAAGAUAAGCUCCCCCUAAAGGCAGACGCUUGUCUCGUCUCUCCAAGAUCAGUUUCCGGGCAAGAGACAGUACUCCUUUUCAGGGGGCCUUUUAUUUUCCGUUUUUGUUUUAUAGCUGAACAUAUAUGUAUCACAUAUGCAGGUACUUUAUACUUUGUACACUGACUUUGGCAUCGGAGAAUUUGAAUUGUAGUGUUCCCCCGUGGAUACGAGGACCGAGCCCUGCUGCAAAUAAGCUGACGUCCAUUGAAAUUGACGCACCUCGAAAAAGCUUGAGAAUCGCCGAUUGAUGCCACAAGAUGGCGUUAAAGCUCUACUUGUCUAUUAGACAGGGCUAUGGCUUGACUAUAUAAAGCUUCUCCUCACUUCAACAUAGUUCUUUGGCACCAAAGCAAUAUUUUUAUAUGAAACGUGGCUUUGGCCUGAGCACAAAAACAGUGAUUGCGAGUUUUUCCAGCAGAUAACAGAUGAUUGGUUCCAAAAACAAAUUCAAAGACAUGCGGGGGAAUACUGUACUCUUUUCUAUUAUUUACGUUCCUAUUCCGGUAUCCCUGUUGCGAUCGAGACACUACACCUCACAUGUGAGUCUACAUCCCACCACUCAAAAUAUCCCAAAGAUUUUAUUUAUUUUCUCAUUGUACUGAUCCACCAGCAGAACAAAAAGUGAGGUUUUGGCUUUGUGGUUCACUCGUGGUGCCUCCAGUCACACUCGCCAAUUAUUGUUAUGAUUAUUAUUCCAAAAGGUGCCUCAUAUAUAACCACCAAAAUCCGGAAACCCUGCCAUUCUUGGGAAUUCAGCGUCAGAAAUUUGUGUAUUGUUUUGUUUUGUUUUAGCUGCCACUUGCCUUAACAAUCCGGAGCGAAUUUCCGAUUUCCGUCACAGAACUCGUUAACGCGCGGUGCCAAACUUGGUCAAAACUAUUUUUUUGUACUUAAAAAUAAGACUCAUCUGCGACAUACAAUCGGUUAUGGUCAACGGUCACAUAAGAAUGGCACCGACUCAAAACCACAAAUCCCAACAAAUUGAAUUUAUGCUGUACAUUUUGACCACUUACCUCGUCAGGUGGCAAAAUAUUGACAUAUUUAUGACGGGUGUUAGCAUUGCUUUCUGUGUACUUUAAAAAUUAUAUGGUGUCCCUCCUUUGUUAAAUCUAAACAAAUACAUUAAGCAACAUAUUAAAACCAAAACUAGCGCUCUGUCGUAAGUGAUAUGGAUAAAACCAUCCAUACGUUCUAUCCCGCCUAUCUGGGGUCAGGUCGCAGGGGAAGCAGCUUGAGCCCAAGCCACCUCAUUUGGCUGCUCUCGACGUGGAGGAGCAGCGGCCAAACUCUAAGACCCCUGCAGGAUGACCAAGCUUCUCACCUUAUCUCUAAGGGAGAGCCAAGGACAACCUGCGGAGGAAACUCAUCUCGGACUCUUGUAUCCAGGAUCUUGUUCUUUCUGUCUCAACCCACAGCGAGUGACCAUCAGUGAGGGGAGGGAUGUAGAUCAACCGGUAAAUCGAGUUUUGCCUUUCGGCUCAGUUUGUUCUUCUCCAUGUCACACCAAUACAGAGAGUCCUCCUCACUGCAGACGCUUGCACCGGAAUGACUUUCGCUCUCGCGCUCCAUCCUGCCCUCACUCGUGAACAAGACCCCAAGAUACUUAAGAUCCUCCACUUGGGGCAAAGAUACCAUCUCCGACGCGGUUGAGGUCACUCCACUCAUUUCCAACUGAGGACAAUUUAAGGGUGCUGAUUUUCUUCCCAAGCGCUUCACAUUCUGCUGUGAACCACACCACUGAGAGUUGGAGCUCGCACCUUGAAGAAGCUAACAGUACCAUAUCGUCUGCAAAAAGCAGAGAGGCAAUACUGAGGCUACCAAAUUAUAUAAUACCAUUCCGAUUUAAUAUAGGCCAUCAUGAAGUAUACGCAACAAUUAUGCACUCAUCAACAUAUUGGAAGAAAGUCAGCCGCGAUAAAUUGCGUUAGCUACUUAUGUGACUUAAGCUACAGAAACACAUGAAGACAUCCAAAAAGAUUCUUGAAUAUAAUAAAUGAUUUUUUUUUCAACUUCAUCCUCUGAUGUCCAUUAAAAAAAGACAUUUGGUGUCAGAAAAAUACAUCACAUACAACACAAAUAACUAUUGGCGUACCAAUACAGUCCUGAUAUCUGUGUAUAAAUACUGUACCAUUAUGCGAUGUCAAUGCAGUACUGCUAUUGUUAGCGUAUUUUCUAAGAGUUUGUACUGAUAAUCUGAUAUUGGCGUAGAUGUAAUGCGCCGAUGUUUGGUGGUGGUGUGUCGAUGUCGCACCAAUUGCAGAUGUUGAAAUAUCGAUACAGCGCUGAUAGCUGAUGUUGGCGUAUCUGUACUAUACCGAUGUCUGCCAUCGGCAUAUUAACUCUGUAUCAAUAUCUUAUAUUGGUCUCUCGAAGGUGCACUGACUUGACAUUAGCAUAUUGAUACAGUAUGAUACCAGACAGCGGUCCAUCGAUACAGUAUUGAUAUCGGCGUAUGGAUACAGUACUGAUAACUGAUGUUGGUCUAUUGAAACAGUACUGAUAACUGAUGCUGGAGUAUCCAUACUGCACAAUAUCUGAUAUUAGAACAUCUAUAUAUCCAUACUGAAUUGAUACGUAAUGUUGGCAUAGCUAUAUUUUACUGGUAUCUGAUAUUUAAUCUACCGAUAUCUGAUAACGGUGUAUAAAUUCAGCACUGAUAUAAUAGUGUUUCUGUCCUGCACCAAUAUUGGUAUAUUGAUACUGUAUUUGAUAUCUAACGUUGGUAUAUCUACACUGUACUGAUAUUGCAAUAUUUUGUUCCACCCUAAGCUGGAAUCAGUUUGACAUAAAGGCUUCACCUAAAUGUGUAUUUAAAAAGAUUUUUAAAAAGAUAUCUAUAGUGUUUAAAAGGACAUGGGUGUUGUUGUUUUUUGUUUGUUUGUUUGUUUUUUCCGAUCUAAAAUCUAGGAAAUAAAGCUCCCAUCCCAAUUGUGGUGCUAAGGAAAUGUCACCUACUAUAGUUGAAGUCCAGAAUGGCUGAGGAUGUCCUUUUUCCUUGAGUCCGUCUCGCACGUCCUGUGUUUUUGCGUCCUUGGUGUGUUUUUUUACCUCCUGACGUUGCAUCUGCGGUGAUUUAAAAAAAAAAAACACAUCGUCUUUGUGGUGUCACACAUCAGGGAGAGAGACAAUCAGAAUAGGAAAGUGUGUAUUUGUCUUUUUUUUCCUCUCCGUCCACUCUUUUGUGUGUCCUUUUCAGAGCCAAUUUACAAGUGCCUGAACGCAUCAUCUCUUCUGCCACAUAUUAAAGUUGAGAAGUUAUUAGAAAAAGAAAUGACUCGCUGUAUUUGAAUCGGACACAUUUUUAUACGCUUAGUAUUUUUACCUCAGUAAAAAAAAGAAACAUCAAUAACACAUAAAAGCGUUAUAUUAUAUAUAAGUAUAUAUAAUAUAUAAACACAGUGUGGGUAUUUUAUAUAUACAUAUAUAUAGAUAUAUACUGUAUAUGUGUACAUUUUUAAAUAACUGUUUCUAACUGGCGUACGAUGGAUGUAGCUCUUGCUUUUUUUGAGAAGGAACAGGAAGUACUUUGUAGAUAACGCGUGUGUGUGCGUGUGUGUUGGGGGGUGUGAGGGUGGUCGGUUCUGUGAGAAAAACUGAGAUGAAAUGUGUAUUUGCCUACGGCAGCCAAUAAAAGGAAAGAAAAUGUUGAAAGCGUAUCUUAACUGUCUUCUGAUUGUCAAUGGGAAGGCACCUACUUCCUAUGAGGUACUAAACAGAGAAAGAGGAUCAUAAGGUUGCACUACAGGAUCAAUAUUCAAAGAGUAUUGACCUUCGAGUGCUAGAUGGUUCCACUUUCAACUAGGGCUUGAAGUCUCUGUUGCAUUAUGCAAAAAAGGCGAAUAAUCCAAUAAGGUCACAAUAAUUUUGUAUGGAUUUCUUUUCCGAAUGUCUGGCUUUAGCUUUUUUUCUUAGCUUAUCCUCUGUGAUUCAAGCUGUUUAGUGCCAUGACCAGUUGAAGUUUGCUCUCAAUCGAAACCUAUAACAAAGAGAAUGACGUGUAUUCAAAACAAUCCCAUACGCUUGCCUUUGGAAUGUUCGCUAGCUUUAUGCACACAAUGCAGAACGCUACAGACGGUGCUAUCCAAACGAAUAGCAGUGUGGGUGUCAUCAUCACCCUUUUGGAUAUUUCAACACCAAUUGUGCAACAACACCACUCACGGGUAUAUAUUAUUUCUCAGCUGUGAAGAAUGACUCAUAUCAUUGCAGCUUAUUAAGGGCUGUGAACAUCUCCAGGUCGCAAAGGCACGCACACUACAGGAGCACAAUGUAGGCCUGGGACGGAAUAACGGCAUUUCCAUUCAUUUCAAUAAGGGAAGGUGAUUUGAUAUUCAAGUGUGGUCUCUGAAAUUAAACUCAAAGCACCACUGUAAAUAUAUAGACUUAAUUUUUUAUGUCAAACCUGGAGUAAACUAUUCUUCCAAGGUUUAAGUUCUUAUAACUCCUUAUGUGCCCCCCCCCCAAAAAAAAAAACUCUUCUCCUUCCCAGCUGCUUCCCCUCCUCAGUAGGAACAUGUGAUAGCCAUCGAGAGGCCAUUCAAGCUCAGGAUGUCUCUGCAAAAAGCAUGUGGGCGAUAAUGACGGAGUGAGGAGGCUCUGGAGAGAGAAAAGAGAAGAAAAAAAAAAAGCCAGGGUCCCGCAGGGCUUUUGUGGGGCCUGCUCCAGCUUGGAGGAUGCAAAAAAAAAAAAAUCACAGCGGCACACAUGUGCAAACAUUUAAGAUAGCUGCGCUCAGAACAGGGUCAACGUGGCCCCUCUGCAAGUGCUUUGUUUCUCCGCCACGGUGCUGCAUGUCCAAAGAUAGUCAGUGACUUAAAAUACACUUUAAAAUCAGCAAUACAAGACUGAAGUCUGCUUUCGGGCCUUCUCUGUUGGCCAAAACACAAGCAGAAGGACUGAUCUAAAAUUUACUACCCAAAUUCAAAUCCAGAAAUGAAUAUGACCAUAUUUGGACAUAGGAGGUUUCCACAGCAAUGACGCCAUUAUACUUGGACACACACGCCAGAAGGAGCCGCAAAAUGUAUUGAAGCACAAACUCGUGAUGCACAGGCCGUUUAAUUCUUGACAACAUAUUUAAUUAAGCUAUUACUGUAUGCGUUUCUAUAGUACAAUUUUGAAGAUAUUGAAAAUCUCUUUAAACGUUUUACAAAUUAUUUUGUUGGGUUUUAAUGGGGGCUGGAAUGGAAUGGAUUACGCCACUUCCAUUUAUUUUAGUGGAGAAUGGAUGAUUUGAGAUGCAGUGUUCUGUUUUUUGAUAACCCUGUAAAAAUUAUAAUUACAAAUCCUGAAAUACUUUGAGGGCUGUCAUUCCUUUUGGUCAAUUGCUGCCCCCUCUAUCGAUGUCUUAUUUUCAUAAGAUGGUGUGUGAUAAAAAGUGCAAUUUGGUUUACACCCUUGUCUAUUAUUACACCCGACUCCCCAGCAAGAUAUGACCAUUUUAAAAGAUAAUCGUUGAUCUAAAUGGAUACGGGACUAUAUGUUUUACAGGAGUUUCAGCGGUUUCAACAGGCACAAAGUUUGCCAUCUGACAAGGUGGAUGUGGCAUUCUUACGAAGGCUGUGACAUAAUGCGCAAAAGGUGACGAGAACGCCACUGGGUAAAAUUUGUGUCUGUCUUCAACGAGUGAGUAGUUUUACUUUAUUCUAGUUGUACAAAUCCAAUUCUAAUGUAGUUGGGACGUUGUCUUGAACAUAAAUAAAAACAGAAUACAAUGA